AUGGAACGGGACGGACGAAUAGAGGUGCUACUACUCGGAACGGGCACGUCGGGGCAGGUUCCCUCGAUCGCCUGUCUGACCGAUCCGCACGGCCAGGGAUGCCGAUGUUGCCGCUCGCCAGACCGCAAAGACACCCGCCGAAACACCUCCGCUCUCGUCCGGAUCCACCAGCCCUCUUGUCCUCGCGACCAUGGCCACCAUCCCCCCUCUGCGCCUGCGUCUUCUCCCCUGCACGUCUUGAUCGACGUCGGCAAAAGCUUCUGCGAGGCCGCGAGAGAGUUUUUUCCCGUCCAUCGCAUCCGCAGGUUGGACGCCGUCCUUUUGACCCAUCCUCAGUUCAGUCUCUCCUCUCCCUCCUUUUACUCUUUCCUUCUGCGGGCGCUCAGGGCUCGAUCUAAUGUAUCGCUCGAUGCUUUUCUUUCUACUCUCAAAAACGGGUUGGAUGAUUUGAGGGCGUGGACGUUGGGAGGUGCGAUCCAAGACUCGAUCGCGAUAUAUUGUAACGAAUACACCCACGCUGAGAUCUCGAGAAUGCACCCUUAUUUGGUGGACAGCCAUGCCAAAACUGGCGGCGGUGAUGUCCCUCAAUUCACGUGGAACAUUAUUCGCGAUGGAACCGCGUUCAAUCUUUUUGGGAUCGAGAUCCUUCCUCUGCCUGUGCAUCACGGGAAGUUUUUCGACGCGAAUGCAGGCAACAAGCCGUACAUCUGCACGAGCUAUCUGCUAGACAAGAGUGUCUACUAUGUGUCGGAUGUCUCGUUGAUUCCGGAGGAGACGUUGGAGCAGCUCGAGAAGAGUUUGAUUAGAUCCGAUGAGGAUCGCAAGAGGAGUGGCGGAUUGCUGAAGGUCUUGAUCAUCGACACUCUGCGCCUCUUGCCCCACGCCUCCCACUUCGGAGUCGCCCAGGCACUCCAGAUCGCCAAGAGACUCAACCCAGUCCGCACGUACCUCGUCGGCUUCACGCAUCGGGUCUCACACGAGUGCUGGACGUACUGCUGUGAAGCGAUCAGCCAGGGCCGUCGAUCGACCGAAUUCGACUCCAUCGCACGCCCUGACUAUGUCCAACCUCAAGGUUCCGAACAGGGCUUCGUGGAGAAAUCGCGAAAUGCCAGUGAACUCGUGCUUCUCGAAAAGGGUGUCAUCGAAGAUUAUGAGUGGUUUACACGCCGCGCGCUCCAGCUCAUCGAAGCUGGCGCUAACCCUCAACUGAGCUCCUCCGAGAACAUGCCCUGGGUUAGGCCGGGCUUUGAUGGCUUGGUCAUCCGCACUCUUCCGGGCUCCUCCGUCACUGAUGAUUUCUAUCAUUGA